UCAGACUGCCUGCGGAGAGCAAGGAAAUGAGCCCGGUUCGCCUACGCACUCAAAGUUGGGAUCCUCCGGAGGCAUGGAGAGCCUCGUUGAGGAGGAUGAGGAGGAUGAAGGAGAAGAAGAGGAGGAAGAGGAGCGCGACAACGAGGAUGGCGAAGAUUCGAUAGAGGGCGAGGACGACGAUGACGAUGCUGACGAAAAGGAGAUCCAUACAGACGCCGCAAAAUACGCACCCACACCCGUGCAACCAGUGGCAUUCAACGACCUAUCGAUCUCCCGGGCACUACAGUUCGCCUCUUUGACGGGGCAUCGACCAGCGGUUAAAAAGCCCGUGAAGGGAGCAUGGAUGGGUUCAUCGGAUGCCGCGAUCGACACCAGCACAGCCUCCACCAGUGACUCUGCGACACAGGGGCUCACUUCACCCCGCGGUGUUUCGUUUGCAACACCCCUCACGAAUUACGACCGCCCGCUUCAAAAGUUCCCUAGGACGCCCCAUUUAUUUGAUCCGCUGACGAUCCAUCAGAGCCGCGAACAAGGCCAUGACCGUGUACUCGAAACCGAACCCAGUGGGUGCGCGAAGGAUUCAGGGGUUUCAGAACUGUCGACUUCACCGCCCGUCGGAAGGAGUGCAGCGAUUAGUCGAUCGGACCUUUUACUCCCGCCCUCAGCGCUCGAUCGAGUGUUUGCUCCAAAAGCACACCAGGUCUUGACGGUCGAGGAAAAGAUGGACGGCGCGAAUAUUGGGUUCAGCGUGCUGCAUUUCAAGACUGUACAUGGAUUCGCCGGGGUAACGGGGUCGGGCCCGCCCCCGAAGAUCAGAGUCCAGAACAGGAACCAUUUCGUCCAUCCGGAUGAUCAUUGGCAGUUCAAGAAGCUGACAGGAUGGCUGGAGAACCAUCGGGAGGAUAUCUUAUACCUGUGUGAAGGACGAUGGAGGUAUGAGACUCGAAAAGGUGGCGAGACAGCCGCCGGAACAGCAGGGGAUCAUCAAAAGGAGGGCGAAAUGCAGCCGGACGCGGAGAGUGAGGACGAGAACAAGGUUCUCACAGACGACGGCGAGGACGAGCACUGGACGGACGAAGACGAGGAUGAGGACGAAUACGUGGAUGAAGAUAAAGUCCUCCAGGACGGAUUGGCGCCCUAUGUGCUUUAUGGCGAAUGGCUCUACGCUAAGCACUCUGUUCAGUACACCGCUCUUCGGUCAUGGUUCGUGCCCUUUGAUCUGUACGACGUCAAGACCGGCACCUUUGUCUCUCGCGCACUCUUCCGCAAGGCCAUCGCUCAGACCCAACUGACGCCCAACCCUGCGAUUCAGAUCCCCGAGGAUGUGUCUGGGGACGUCGAUAAAGUCUUGCAGUGGACCAUGGAUAUGCUGCAGAGUCGGUCAGCGCUUAUGCGGGGGAGAGACGCAUCGUCGUCUUCGACACAGGAGGACAGAGUCGAAGGACUGUACUUCAGGAUCGAUCAAGGUGACAGGUUGCUGAUGCGCUCAAAAGUUGUACGACCGGAUUUCAUCGUCGGCGAGGAGCGUUGGGGAACCAAGGAGCAGGUCGCGAACCAGCUGGUGUAUUAUCUGGAAACGCUGCCCGAUUAUGACAAUGACGAUGACAAUGACAAUGACAACGAGAAGGAGGAUGAGGAUGAGGAUGAGGAUGAUGAGUAAAGAUAAGAUAAAGUGUUCCAAAACGUUCAUGAUACUACAGCUUCGCCGUCAAUUG